AAAAUAAAAUGAACAAGAUUUUAUGUACAGUUGGUAUUUUAUCAAAUGAUCAAUGUCAUAAAAUGGUGUACACAAAAUCAAUUGGAUUGAAAGAUUUAUCAAGCUAUUCAGAGAAAGAUAGAAAUUUAUUAUUAUGGAGAUCUGGGCUAUCAAUAUUAAAUGUUAAUGUUAAAAUCUGUUUACAUCAUGAACAAAUUUUACUUAACCGGUUUGCUAACUCCCAAAAAAAUUGCAUCGACCCAUUUAAAAAGCAUAAAACUAAUAUAAAUGGUGGUUUGCGAGAAAUUGAUAUUCAACUGGCAAAAGAUAUGUGUUCAAUUGGUAUUAAAACAACACCUGGUUUUAAAAUGUGUCUUUCAUGUCGAAAAGAAGUGGUAAAAAAAAUAGAUAAUUGGUCUACCUUACAGGACCACAAAGAAGAUGAUUUUCUGGAACAAACAUUUUUUGAUGAAGAUAUAGAAAUGGCACAAGAAAAAUAA